AUGAAAGUGUUUGCAAUCACGUGUGUGUUAAUUGUUACUACGGCAUUGGUGGCGGGGCAAAAUCGCAAUAGAACUUCCAAGACGCGCAGUCAAAAGAACAGCGAGAACAACGAGGAGCAAGGUCGCACAUUGGGAUUUUUACGUCCCAUUUUAAGUUUGGGCGCCAGCAGUCUGGGCAGUUUGGGAGCAGGUUUGGGUGGUCUGGGUGGCUUAGGGCUAGGAUUUGAUCAGCCCUAUAGGCCAACUUCAACUGCAACAAGACCACAAGCGGAUUACUAUGGUGGCGGUGGUGGAGGUUAUGGAGGCUAUGGCUAUCCUUCAUAUGGUGGGGGCUAUGGCGCUGGCUAUGGCGGUGGCUAUGGCUACAGGCCAACUUAUGGUGGUUAUGGCGGCUAUGGUGGUUACGGUGGUUUCUAUCCCCAAUACAGCGGCUAUGGUUAUAGGCCUCAAGUCUAUCCUGGAGUGGGGGCAUAUGGUGGUGCUUAUCCUUCCUACAAUCAAUAUCAACGUCCUGGCUAUGGUGCCAGCUCUGCGGUAGGUUCACCUGUGGGUGCAGGUGCUGGUGCUGGUGCUGCCACAGCAACACCCUCGCUUGCAGGUCUUAAUGGAGCCCAAGCAGCCGAGGUGGCCAAUUUGUUGGGACAACUUUUGGGCCAACAAUUACGUCCUCUGAUAAAUGGUGCCCAAGCGGCAGAUACACCUGGCAUAUCGCCCAGUUCUUUGAUUGGCGGCUCAAAUCCUUACCUCAAGCGACAUUAA